AUGCCCCGGCCGCGGAAGUCGACCAAUGUGCACGUCAAGCGGCGCACGCGGACCGGAUGUCGAACCUGUCGAGCUCGAAAGCUCAAAUGUGGGGAAGAGAAGCCCGUCUGUCAUCAAUGCUCACUCAAAGGCCUGAACUGUGACACAACCACUGCCCUCAAGUGGGAAACCGACUAUAUCGCCAAGGGCCUCAAGUUUGGGAGAGUCGGUGUUUGGUCCAAGGACCCAUACAAGUACAAAACAGCCUCGCUUUCCCCGACUUCGGACUGGUCCACUCAUGAGACUCCAGCUCUGUGGUGGUGUCCUGUUCCAGACAUUUACCCCUACAGCUUUGUGAAUGCCACGGUGGAUACUCUGCGCGAAUUGGACUAUUGUGAAUUCGGAACAGAAGAGAGCACCCGCCAUCGAGUCGCGGCUUCGGGAACAUCAGAAGGAGAUGCCGCUGUCACAUCAUCUCUCAGCCCCUGGCCAACAACUCAGAGCCUGGCAUGGUCCUCGAAAACCCGGAUUGUUGCGUCCCUAAGUAUCUUACCGCAAUGGCAAACUCCGGAACACUCUUCACUGCUUUCUUACUACGUCGAAAGAAUUUGCAGAAUGACCGUCUCGAGCUUGACAUCCGACUCCCCUUUCGCAACCCUACUCCUUCCUUUCGCCAUCAGCACCUCGUCUCUGACUAUGCACUCUAUGUUGGCACUUGCCGCCUGCCAUCGGUCGCGAACGGAUUCACAUUACAAAGCGAUAGCAUUGGAGCUCAGCCACCAAGCUCUCCAAGCCCUUCGGACCAAGUUAAGCGACUGCGACUCAAAAAUGGUCGUAAUGGUUCCAGAAACAUUGGUCGUCAUGCUUCUCCUUUGUAUGUUUGAGAUCGUGAACGAAUGUGACAGUCGAUGGGUGGUCCAUCUGAAAGGAGCCCGCGAGUUGAUCCGCGUUCGCAGACGGCACCAAGAAGCCCCCACAUAUGAGACGGAUGCUAGCAUCCUCGUUCAAUUCUGUGAACGUUUCUUUGCCUUUCAGGACAUCAUGGGCCGCACUGCCUGUGGCGAAGAUCCUGUUUUUGGAAGCGACUUUUGGGCGAAUGACCAGACCGACUGCGAACCUUGGCUCGGGUGCUCUCCCCAGCUGGUCUCCAUCUUGAGCAGAAUCACCGAGUUAGGACGACAGGGCCCGACAAGUCGCAAAACCGCCGCAUUCCAUGCAGCCGCCGGAGCUCUUGAAAGACAACUGGACAUGUUGAGGCAAACAGUCGACGAUACCAGUGACGAUAUCCUAAAUCAGGCUGGUGAACUCAAGCGGCUCGCGGCCGAGGUCUAUCUGCAGUGCGCAUUGAACGGAGCCGGCCCUUCCACACCGUGGGUAUCUCAGCAAGUGUCCGAAAUCCUACGUUUUGUCAGUAUUUUGCUGGAGUCUGGAUUGUUUUCGGGCAUCUGCUGGCCCCUGUUCAUUGCAGCUGUUGAGUUACAUCCGGACCAGGAUCCUCUACUGUGCUGGGAGGCCGGCAACGCCCCAAAGUAUGCACGAAUUUUCAUCCUCAAUGCCCUGGAAAAGCUCACAGGCUCAAUGGUGAACACCAUCCGAAUCCGCACGGUCAUUGAAAUGGUUUGGCAAGCGCGAGAGUUGCGUGGAGUCCCAGCCGGCGCGACCGCUUCCCCGGAAAGUGACUGGGAACAGUUUGUGGCGCCGUUUUGCGGAAACAUGUCUCUGGCGUGA